AUGGCAAAGCCGGAGUUUGAGCUACAAUUUGAGAACUUCACCUGCACCAGUGAUGACACUGCUCUCUCCCACCUCAAAAACUACAGCUGUGGCCUCAGCAAAAAUGUCAGACGACGCAGCUUUAACUUGGAAUUCAUCCUGCGGAAACCACUGGACCAACAUGAGCACUACAUGGCAAUUGUGAUGCCUAGGAGUCGAGAAGAUUUUGUGCUGCUGAAUGUCACCGGUGAUGGCUGCAACACGCUGGCCAAUAAGAAACAGGUGCCUCUAAUCAGUAUGGCGCGAAACCUGGUCCGACGUUAUAGCAACUACCCCAGCAAGUGUCCCUUUGAAAAAGACAAAACCUAUUAUAUACGCGGCUUCCGCUUUGACCUGAGCCUAAUACCGGCCGUAAAUAUGGAAACGCCAGUGCACAUUCAAUUUGGCUACCACGUGAAGGACAUGUAUCUACUGAAGGCAUACCUAACAGCACGUAUUGAGCUCAAAACCAAUAGCAACAACAACAAUAAGAGCCGGAAGAAAAAUAAGACUUAG